AUGGAUCUUGCACUAGACAUAACGUCAACAUGCCAAAUCAAAGUGUUACUGAUACCAGUUCCACCCAUCAAAAGUUUAACAUUUUCCAAACAUGUAGAGAUGGUGAGGCAAUUCCAUACUGUUCGACUAGGCGAUGUCACGCCUAAUCUACAAAAAGGGACCAGUGCCAAGUUUAACAGCCAGGCUUUUCGAGAAGGACAAAUGCACUUCCAGUUUGUGACCAGAUAUGAUAGAGAGCACGUUCAUCUUGAGGAUUUUCAGCCUCAUCGACGUAUAUUUGGUGUGGUUGGUAUCAUGGACUGUAAAGAAUGGCAGGAUAAAGACUUGAGUGAAGGAUGCAAAAAAUUCAAAGAAAUGUUAAAGCAGUACCCCACUGCCAUAGCGACAAGGUGUUUUGCAUUUGAUCCAACUGAAAAUCAACCGGAUGACACGAAAGGGUUGAUUAUGAUCCCCAAUGUCGGUAAUAUGUCAUUUUAUAUGAGCACCAUGAUUUGUGAUUUUGCGAGUGAGGUCUUGGAUCAGUUUGCGUUUAUUGCAGAGCGUAUUGAAAGAUUAACAUUGCUGAAAUCCCCUCAUCAGGCCACUUUCCUGUUUUCAGGCCCAACGAGCCCAGGAUGGCUACGCAAGCAGACCACCAACAAUGUACCUAUCCGGCCUCAGCCGUCGAUGAGUACGCCACAAAAAUCAACUGUGAACAGCAGGCAGUCUCAAGCACCCGCCCCCAUGCCGACACCCUCUUUGUCUUCGUCUUUUCUCCGAAGAGCAGCCACUUCAGCCAGCAAAGAUAACCGUAAAAGCUUAGUGAAUACUACUACUACUGCUUUGGAUACGAACAGUCCUAGUGCCACGAUGGAACCUCCACCGUCACCGAGACCUUCGAUGACACGCUCCACUACGUUUUCUAAAAUCAUGCCUCCAACUAUAGAUGAUGAAUCCAAGGAUCAUCAAACAAGACAGCGAACACCAGGAAGGAUCAAAAAACUUUUGGGUGAUUUCUAUUUAUUAGCAGGCAGAUUACCAGAUGCUUUAGCACACUAUCAUGAAGCAAUUCAUACGAUGCAGAGAUUGCAGGAUUACUUGUGGUUAGCAAGCGCUAAGGAAGGUCUUGCUUGUACCAUGAUUUUGAUGACUUGCCUUCGCAAAGAAGAAGAAAAACACAUUGUUUCCCGUCCAAGACUUUUGAAUGAAGAUGAUGCUAUUGCCGACCCCACACCAAGCUUUAUCGGAUUGUCUUCUCCUUUUUCAGCCUCCACCUCUACCGUGAAUGGAGAUAAAAGAGAAGAGGCUACAGUGCAGAGACCAGUCGAUAUCGUCUCAGAAAUAACGGAUCUCUAUAAAGAUAUUAUUGAAAACUAUGCCAACGUCUUUUCGACGUUGACAAGAAUGCCUCCGAAAUUGAUUUAUGCAGAAGCAUGCUUAAAAAUUGCGCGCUUCUUGACAAAAGUGUAUAUAAACGAAGGUUGGGACGAUCAUCUCUCAGUCAAACUAUUUCACUGUGUACAACAACAGAGAAUGCAUCGAAAAAACAGAGAUACCGCCUCUUUUUGUUCUUUUUGGAAAAAGGGAAGUGGGCUGAGUCGAUUUUCAAUCGCUCAAUGGAUGACAAAGUUAUGGAGUAUGAAUAUGGAUGAUUUGACCGUGUUGGAACAAAUUCAUGUAUUCACUCAUAUGUCUUCCGUGUUGUCGACGAUUGGUUAUCAUCGAAAAUCAGCGUGGAUUUUGUAUGAGACAUUAAACCGUAUGUUACCGAUGCUGAUUCAAGACAGAGCCGCCAUGGCCGGCUGGAUGAGCGACCCUUCCAGACAAAAAAGAGUGACAAAGGAUGACGACGGUAUUUUAAAGAUGCUUAGAAGGAUCUACCCAAGAGCAAAUGAUAGGAAAGAGGGUUCUUUUGGUUGGGUCACACUUCAAAUGGAUGUGCUAAGAGAAUGCAUCAUUAUUGCAGAGGCCAUCCAUGAUCAUGCCUCGCUUCUUCACUACACCGAGGUACUCUUGCGUAACUUGUACAAGUAUAUUAGUAAAGAAGAACAGAUUCGGCUUGCUUCUUCUAUACAACGUAUCACCCAUGCCCACCCUAAAACCUUCACCCCAGCGCUGAACGUGCAACAACAACAACAGCAGCAGCAGCAGCAAGUAAACCAUUGGGGUUUCAACCUCAUCCAAUCGAUUGUGCCGGUGCCUCUGAUAGCACAUAAAGCCAUUUAUCAACAUCCAGGGUUGACACAAAAAGGCUUUACACAUAGCGAACAGAAGCGUAUCCCUUCUGACGAUCCAUUCAUCUAUAAUCCAUUUUCUAAAAAGAAGAAAGAGCCUGAAAUCCAUCUGAUAAAGAACGAAGUAUGUGAAUUCAGAGUGGUGAUGACCAAUCCCUUUGAUUUCGAUCUUGAUAUCCAUACUCUUGUUUUAAGUACCUCAGGUGUCUCUUUCUCGUCUGUGCCAUCCGUAGCUGUCGUACCAGCGAACGAUAGUGUAGAAUUGAUAUUAACAGGGACCCCAUUAGAGACGGGUGCACUCAUCAUUCGCGGAUGUCGAGUAAAAAUCAUGGGUUUUGCUGAACAAGAGUUUUUGUUGGAUGAUCAGCAAGACAGUGGCAAGAGCAUGACAGUCCAGCAACAACAACAACAACAAAGCAAAGGCAACCCAAACAAAGUGGAACGAGACAAGUCGGAUCCUACAGGGUCAGAUACAUCGUUGAUGAGCAGUCGAUGUAUCACGCUGAAUGUCAUAGAGGAACAACCUUUAUUGAAUAUCAAAUCGACAUCGAUCCUUCAUGGAGCGAUCAUGCUAUUCGAAGGCGAAAAAAUCAAGGUCACUGUGGAAGUAGAGAAUAUCGGCAAGACGCCGGUUGAUUAUCUGACGUUAUCGUUCAUGGAUUCGACCACCAUGGAUCCGCAACCUGUUCACCCAGAAUGGUCGAUGGCAGAACAAUAUGAAGCGGAGCUUUAUACGAAAGGGACACCUGUCUUCUGUUGGGAAGACAUAUCGCCAAGCACCCAAAAGGACGGUGCGAGCAGCGAGGAGGAUGAGCCUCUUUAUGCAGUAGGUAAAAGAAUAGAUUUAGAGCCAGGUCAAAGUACCACCGUCAACAUUGGCGUUUACGGCAAACAAGGCUGUACAUUCGGUGCUAUUUUCAUCGUGUAUGGAUAUUUGAAUAGGCAAAAGACGCAGGCAUCAAGCAAGGCACUGCCGACGUUCACUUUGCAUUCGGGUGCUGUCUACACAAGACAGCUGUAUCUCCCUGUCCAUAUCACUGUUCAUCAGCACCUGGAAGCUGCUUACUGGGAUGUUUUACAUUUACGCGACUACACAGUGGGUAAGCGAGGAGAGGGGACUGAGCCCUCAGGGUAUGGUCAGCACCCGUUGGAACAAUUAUUAAGUUCUCAACAGCAGCAAGCUCCUGAUGAUGAAGGGAUGAAGGACACGAAGGAUCAAAACGUGGAUUGUCUAUUGACGUUUGAUCUUCGGAAUACAUGGACCGUUCCUCUCGAUGUUGCGUUUGCGGUCGACAAGAGUGAUGAUAUGGACACGAGCGACCACAAGAUCCUCUAUACACUGACGAUUCAACCCUCCAUCACGAAAAGAAUCGUAUUGCCGUUGAAAAAGUUGUACCUUUCUACUCAGGGACGCAUGCAGGCGGUCCCUUGUUUUGAUCCCAACAAGCAAUUUGUUGUUUCUCAAAGGCCCAAGCUGGCUCCGGAAGAAGAACGAGCACGUCGAGAAAUGUUUUGGUAUCGAGAGCAAUUAUUGGCACGUAUUCAAGCCACUUGGAAAUGCUCCAGCAGUGCAAGGGCGGGACGCCUUCAGCUUCGGUCCUCACUUCACUUGAGUGCAAGACAGCUCGCUGUUCUUACAAAGCAAGAUAUUGAGCUAUUCAUUCACAUGCCUACGGAAUCCACGACAGCUCCACGAAAACGAAAAAGUGUGGUAAAGGAAGUAGGCUAUCGACAAUUUGAAUGUUUCACCAACGAACUUGCUCCCAUGCAUAUCACAAUAAGAAAUAAGUAUGGUAAGUAA